AUGAGAACAGUAUCUGUUAUCAUCUUCUCUAUUUUGGCUAGCCUAGUUGCAGCCGAAACUCACACUUGGUACUUCAAUACUACCUGGGUUACUGCUAAUCCAGAUGGUGUUUUUGAAAGACAGGUGAUUGGUUUCAACAACUCCUGGCCUUUGCCUACUUUGCGUGUUACCACCGGUGACACUGUUAACUUGUAUUUGACUAACGGCUUUAAGGAUGCUAACACCACUUUGCACUUCCACGGUUUGUUCCAGAACGGUACCAACCAGAUGGAUGGUCCAGAGAUGGUGACCCAAUGUCCUAUUGCUCCUGGCGACACCUUUUUGUACAACUUUACUGUUACUGACCAGGUUGGUACCUUCUGGUACCACUCCCACACCGCCGGUCAAUACGGUGAUGGUAUGAGAGGUCUUUUCAUCAUCGAGGAGAAGCAAAAGUCUGACUACCCCUUCGAGUUCGACGAGGAGGUCACUUUGAGUAUUGGUGACUGGUACCACAAGGAUGCCAAUGUGUUGAAGCCAAAGUUCUUGAGCAGAUACAAUCCUACUGGUGCCGAGCCUGUUCCUCAAAACUCUUUGUUCAACGACACCAGAAACGCUACGUGGAACGUCAAGCCUGACACCACCUACUACAUGCGUAUCUGUAACGUUGGUGGUUUUGCUUCUCAAUACUUGUUUAUGGAGGACCACGAGUUCGAGGUCGUUGAAGUUGAUGGUAUUUAUGUUCAGCCAAAUGUCACCAACAUGCUUUACAUCACCACUGCUCAACGUUACGGUGUGUUGAUCCACACCAAGAACGACACUUCCAAGAACUACGCUUUCAUGAACUUGUUCGAUGACACCAUGUUCGAUGUUAUCCCAGAUGACUUGGUUUUGAACUCCACCAACACCAUUGUUUAUGACAAGUCGUUGUCCAAGGCUUCCGAGUACAAGGUCGACGAUCUUGAAUUCUUGGAUGACUUCUACUUGCGUCCAAUGACUAACGAGACUCUUAUGGCAGAUGCUGACCACACCAUCACCAUUGAUGUGUCUAUGGAGAACUUGGGUAACGGUGUCAACUAUGCUUUCUUCAACAACAUUACUUACACCACUCCUAAGGUUCCUGUUCUUGGAACUGUGUUGUCAUCUGGUGAGCUUGCCACCAACGCUUACAUCUAUGGUAACACUCACUCCAUCGUUUUGCAAAAGGACGAAGUCGUGGACAUUGUUCUUAACAACCACGAUGCUGGUAGACAUCCUUUCCACUUGCACGGUCACGUUUUCCAACUCAUUGCUAGAGGUGAAGAGUCUGAGGUUGAUAUUGAUUACGACCCUGCCAACGUAACUUUGCCACAGUACCCUAUGGCCAGAGACACCGUCUUUGUUUAUCCUCACUCUUACAUCGUUAUGAGAUUCAAGGCCGACAACCCUGGUGUGUGGAUGUUCCACUGUCACAUUGAGUGGCAUUUGGAGCAAGGUUUGGCUAUUCUUUUGAUCGAGGCUCCUGAGGAGAUGCAAAAGACUGAAAGCCAGCAAUUCACUGAGAACCACAAGCAAGUUUGUAAGAACGUUGGUGUCAACUACACCGGUAAUGCCGCAGGAAACUCUGUGAACUUCAUGGACUUGACUGGUGCUAACGUUCAAGAAAAGCCAUUGCCAGAUGGAUUCACUGCCCGUGGUAUCGUUGCCUUGGUCUUCUCGACCAUUGCCGGUAUUCUCGGUAUGAUUGCCAUCUCCUUCUACGGUAUGGCUGAUAUCAAGGACAUUGACGAGCGUGUCAUGAGAGACAUGAACGUCGAACUUUCCGACUCUGAGGAAUCUGCUGAGCUCCAUGACAUGGGCGAGGCUUCUUCCUCUUCUUCUCCUGCUAAGUAA